GGCAGAGAGAAAGCAGAAGAAAAUCAAUCUCAAAACAUGGCUUCGCUUCCUGUUCAGUUCUCCAGGAAUCAUCUCUCUACGCCCACUUUCUCCAGUAGAAACCGCCGCUCCACGGAGCCGAGAUCUUUUGUAUCUCUAGUACAUUGCUCCGCUAGAGAAAACGGAGACGAUGUUCAAGGAAUCAAGAAGAGUUUGUUUCCUGUUAAGGAGCUUGGAUGUCUCGCUUGCGCUGCGCUUUCUGCUUUCUCGCUUACAUUGGCUUCUCCUGUCAUUGCUGCUAACCAGAGACUUCCUCCGCUUUCAACAGAUCCGACCCGAUGUGAACAAGCUUUUGUUGGUAACACGAUAGGUCAAGCAAACGGAGUCUAUGACAAGCCACUCGAUCUCAGGUUCUGCGAUUACACAAACGAUCAGUCUAAUCUCAAAGGCAAGACUCUCUCUGCAGCCCUGAUGUCAGGUGCCAAGUUUGAUGGUGCAGACAUGACUGAAGUCGUUAUGUCAAAAGCCUACGCCGUUGGAGCAAGCUUCAAGGGGGUGAAUUUCUCUAAUGCUGUCAUCGACCGGGUGAACUUCGGGAAGUCAGAUCUAAAAGGAGCUGUGUUCAAGAACACGGUGUUAUCAGGUUCCACAUUCGAGGAGGCAAACCUGGAGGAUGUGGUCUUUGAGGACACGAUCAUUGGUUACAUUGAUCUUCAGAAGAUAUGUAGGAACGAGACAAUAAACGAAGAAGGAAGACUUGUGUUGGGUUGCAGAUAAGAUAGAUGGGAGAAAAGGGUUUUGGAUUUGGUGUAUGUAAGAGUUGAAAUUUGACACAAAAGUACUUUUAAGUGUUGAAGGAUAUAGAACUCGGAAGAGAGUUUAUGAGAUUUCUAUAAUCAAUUCCUGUAAAGUUUGUAACCACACAAAGUACUUUUCUCUGUUGUUCGUUCAUUUACAAUUUAGUAUGCAAACGAACAACAUUUGAUCGCCCAGGUCAGGAUAUCC